AUGACUUUAGUCAAGUAUGCAUGCGACUAUUGUCGUGUCCGUCGAGUAAAGUGUGAUGGUAAAAAACCGUGUAGUCGCUGUAUUGAGCACAAUUUCAAAUGCACAUAUCAGCAACCAUUAAAAAAAAGAGGCCCGAAGCCUAUUGGAACUAGAAGCUUAAACUAUAUACCAGAGGCCCAAAAAUUUAUAAAUAAUAAAAGCUGUACGACAGCGGCAGAAAUAUCAAUGAAGGUUCCGAAAAAGGUGAUUGAUCAGUGUUUGAGGCUUUAUCACGACAAUCUAUACGUUAUCUGGCCUUUACUCCCUUAUGAUGACCUUCACAAGCUUUUGGACGAAAAAUACAAUGACCAUUACGUUUAUUGGUUCCUCGUAGCUCUUUCAGCAGCCACUCUUAGCGAUCUACAAAGCGAAUUAGAAUCUGAGGGAGGAUAUUCGUUUACUGGAAAGCAAUUAGCGGUUCUCUGUAUGUCAUCUCGCCAACAAUUUGAUGACCUUAGUGGCAGAGACAUAUUUCGAAUUAUGACAUAUUAUUGCUUGCUACGUUGUUUUUCACAGUCUUCUGAUGUAAGAAAUUCAUAUAGACUUUGUCGUGAAGCUAUUGGCCUUGUUAUAGUAGCAGGGUUACAUCGUGAAAAAGCCUACGAAUUACUAUCAUUUCGGGAACAACAGCUUCUACGCAAGGUGUAUUAUUUGCUUCUCUUGACGGAGAGAUACUAUUCCGUAUAUGUUCAUUGUGUUACAAGUUUGGAUACCACAAUAGCUCCACCUCAGCCAGAGUUCGUAACGGACCCCCGACUUUCUUUGGAUAGCUUUUUUGAGAUGAUUAGAGUAUUUACUGUGCCAGGAAAAUGCUUUUUUGAUGCUUUGGCUACGGAAUCUACUAGCAGUUCUUGCACUGAAGACUCACUGAAAAAAAUAUGGAAAGAGCUUCACACAGCAUCCCUUGAAAUAGAACCAUGGUCUUAUGGCUACGUGGACAUUUCAUUUUCUCGACAUUGGAUUAGGGCGCUGGCUUGGAAGCUAGUGUUUCAGAUGAAUGGUACCAAGUUUUUCUCAAAUGCUAAUAAUGCUCACAUAUUAGUCGAAAUUGCAAAGGAUAUGCUGGACGACAUAUUCUUAACUCCAAACAACUUGUAUGUAGUCCAUGGUCCUGUGAUACCAAUGAAGGCACUAGAAAUAGCCAACGCAUUAGUGGAUGUUGUAAACCAGCAUGACAAAAAUACGGAAUCAGAAGCUUUGGACGCUUUAUGUGAAAUAUCGAAGUUUGUUUUCUCUCUAAAACACUACGAUGGUAAUUUGAUUGAGAGUUUUGUGAGUAAAUGUCAAAGUGCUUUUAUCACCCUUCCGCUGUUUAAAUUUUUGGGAUCAAAUGACAGUAUGAGAGAUAAUUCUGAUACAGUUUCUUAA